AUGUUACGAAAAUUGCUACUUCAGUUGAUCCAACAUAGGAAGAGAAAAGACUUGGUCACACAGGGGCAAAAGAGGGGCCUCGUAUAUGUCAUAAAAAGGAGAAGUGUCCUCAGUCCUCAUGGAACACAGCAAAGAACAAGAAAAAUUCACCACAGCGUGACAGUGGUGGGAUAUCGGAGCAGGAUCGGAUGUAAAAAUGAUUCGCUAUUCCAUGUUGGCAUAUGCCCCAGUAGGGGAAGUAGAAUCAUCGCAACUGCGCAGUGCAGUCAAUCCGCAGAAUCGCUAACGCAGUUUGAAGUCUCAAGUGAGGGCCCCGCUGAAACGAACUCCAUUGAAAAAAUUUUAGACGAAACGAACUCGAUGAUCUAUGUAAACGAAAUAUGCAUGCAGAUGGAUAGGAGCAUCUUAAAGUGCCAAACGUACGAAGACAUUCUCUCCAUACUUAUAACGCACAGGGGAGCUUUAUUCCUACAGAACUUGAUAACGGCUAUACGAAUGCUAGCCGGUUUUGUUAUUGAGGACAGGAAGAAAAGGAAAGCCAAAGGAGAAAGCGAAAGUGAUGUGAGAAUACCGUUUAGAGGGUACACAAACAAAUUUGUAAAGGCAGAAGAAGGGGGAGAAAAAGGAACAGGACAUGUAACGGGAGGAAACCACUUAGAAGAUGCACCAGACAAGCGAGAAGCUAACCUUCCAGGUAAACCGGACGAAGGUCUACUGAGUAGUAGCAAUUUCCACCUGUGCAAAAGUAGAGAACUUUCCGGAUUUGAUAAAAUUGAAAAAAAAUUAAUAGAAAGGUAUCAGCACAUUUUUGACGUCUUAAAAAACAAGGAGUUACUAGAAAGUGAAAAUUUUUUUGAGAAAAACAGAAAAGUGGAGGAAAUCAUAGUUAGAGAUGAACGAUUUAACUUGCUCAUAGAUGAUAUAUACAAAAAUAGAAAACACUUUGAUGUAGUGUCUAUUUGCCACAUUUUGAUAUCCCUGAAGGAGUUAAAUUACAAGCACUUCCUCCUCUUCAAUUCUUUUAUGAAUCCGCUAAAAAAUUUCGACACGUAUAUUAAGGAACAGUUUGAAAAUGGUAAUCAAAAAAUCGUGCAGAUCAAUUCUGUUAUCCAGUUACUACUUCAAUGCUUUAACACGUACAUUUGGGCUGGGUACUACAACCUAGACAUAUAUAACAGGCUGAUAAACACCGUUUUGUUAAAUAACUUUAUCCAAUUAAGGACGGAAUUUUUGCAUGAACAGGUAGGAAGUUAUAUUUACAUGAAUUAUAAGUAUGAUGUGAACUAUCCCCUGUCGAGUGAUGAAAUAUUUUCAUCUCUGAACUUGAGUGAAAAAUAUUUUUCGAAAAAGAAUUUUUUAACCGCCCCCCUGGGGAGGGUAUUCGAAGAGAAAGUGAAGUUAACGGGGAACGCGCCACGUAGGGGAGAUAUCUCAGUCCAGGAGAACAAGGAAAUCUAUGCACAGAAUGGUGUAGUAGGUACGAGCUUAGCUAGCGCCUUAGGAUGCAUGCCCCCAAGUGAAUCCGCCCCCGCAAAAGAGAGGCCCGUCUACUGCUGCCCCAUUUUCCUAAACCUCGACCUGUUCCUCCAAAGCAUAGAAAUUUACAAACACGUUUAUGUGUACAAUCCCUCCUUCUUUAAAAUGAGCGAGAAAAUCGUUUAUUACUACACGCAGUAUCUGACACCCAGUAAUUUCAGUAUGAUAGCUGAUGCGUUUUCCAAGCAUCGAAUUUUUGCACUAGAACAUGAUCGAUUUUUUUUCCACCUUUCCAAGUUGAUGGAGCAGAAUUUUGAUAAAUUUUCCUACAAAGAUAUUUUCCUCGUUUUGAAUUCAUUCAAAAGGAUGAAUUUAUUGUUCCACAGGUGUAUCGUUCUAGGGGCAGAAAAGUUUGAGCCAUAUUUUCACCAGCAUUAUAUUGACAGAAGGGAGUGCUCCUUAACCCUAAAAGAGGUGUCCAUUUUAAUGGAGUCUUUGGCCUUUUUCCACUUUCAACACAAGGCAAUCGAGAAGUGCAUCACAAAAGCUGUGAACUAUCUGGAAGAUUACAUUGAAGAGAUAGAUGAAGAAACAGCAAUUAAUAUUUCCUACGCGUUAGUUCUAUCGAAUUUGUAUCAUGUCAAUACGUACUUCUUCUCAUUCGUUUGGAGAAAAAUUGGAAAAAGUACUUAUUGGGAGAAGAAGAAAAAUCAAGUUUGCUUGCUAUGGUUAUCUCAUAUGAUACAGUUCAAAUGGAUGGAGUAUGAUCUACCUAAAUUUUGCGUCUUGGAAUGUUUGAAAAUUUUCUUCUUAAAAAGAAAGGAGAAUAUGUUUUCCUUCUCCAAAAUUCUUUCGUCCGUUUCUCAAAUCCUAGAUGAGUUGGACGUUGGCCACGAUAUUUCAGUUGAUAUUUAUGGCCCAUAUAUGUUGGACAUUUUAAUAAGGGGAGACAAAAGGCAAGUUAUCAUGCUCACACAGGAUACCACGAGAAAUGAAAUAAUCAGACAACUGGGCGAUUCCAAAAUCGUCAUUAACCAUUUGCAUUUGUUUGGCUAUAAUGUGCGCCCCCUCAACACAAAAUAUUUCGACACAUUGAGCUACCGGGAGAAGCGUGAGUACAUCCGGGGCAUUCUGCUCUCCUUUUAG